AAUUUGACCCACUUCCCGAUUUCCGCGUGAACUGAAAUUUUGGAUAUGUAAAUCGGAUGACAAUGCAAUAUUACCUAUGAUAACAUGGAGCUGAUCUGAUGAUGGAGACAGGUCGUGGCCAUGGGAACUCUUUGAUAAAACAACGCAAACUAAUUGAGUUUGGGGUUAUUAGAAUUGUCUCGGUGAGUAUUAGUUGCCUGUGGAAAUCAAAGUACAGUCAGCGAUAAAGCUUGUACCAAAAAUGAAAUUUUUGCCAAAAAAAAUCAAUUUAGUAAUAUAACAUGACAGAUUACAAUAGUGCGCCCAAAAAGGCAAAAGCUCUAAAUAAGGGUCUGAACGUUAAGAAUUUUCGGUUAUUGCGGCCGAAAUAGGGCUCAAACAAUAAAACUAAGGCCGGACAAAACCGCUACGUAACCAAACUUUGAACCCUCGUUCACUACAACCAACGCGAUAUUAAGUCAGUAAAGAAUAAUUCAAUUCUAAACGACGUUCACCGUUUUUUGCCGGCAAAUUGAAACGCCUGAGAAUGAAAGGGACUAAGAGAACAUCUUAAUACUGUUUAAGGUUAAAGAACCAUAAAAUUUCGAAAACUCGUUCUUAUAUUUUUUGUGUCACUAGGAUACAACCCAUACAACGUGUGAUCUUUGUGCGCCUACACAAAUAUCGAUACUGCAACUGUUGUAACUCUGACGUGUUGCUAUAACAUUUCUGUCAGGCACUUCAAAAUCCCACGCAAUUCAAUUUAUUACGCUUUACGAAAAUUCGACUGCAAAAGAAAUUCAGUAUACACGAUAAGAAACCAAUCUUCUCACGACCGAAACGAAACGUAUUACAGUUUACGAAAAGCAAACGUUGUCGUUAUGUUUUACGACUGAAUAAAAAUAAACAUAAAAUGAUGAAAAGUGUUUGAAACAAAUGUGUGUUUCGCAAUGCCUCUAUUGCCUUUGGAACAAAAUGUGUUGCGAUCGUUGGCUGCGAAUACUGAUUUGUAUUACAGCAAUUAUUAUAUCAACAAAUGGAACAGGACUGGACCGUCUCAGUUACGACGAUAGAAUGAAACAACAAGAAAUGGACUAUGGAGAACGUCUGUCAAGUAUGGAAGAUGGGCCCACAGUACUGCGAGACGAACUCGACCGCGAAGGCCAACUAUAUAGUGACUAUACUUUCAAUAGGCUAAGUCACAACUCGCCGAAAUGGUCAAAGAUAGAAGGUUCUGCAAAACCUGAGCGGCUUAUAGGCCAAGUCGCAACUGCUCCGCAACUGCUGAAUCAAGGGAAAUCCAAUACCCCGUCUACUAAAUGUACAACCAAUCAGCCGAUUCCCCUGGACUUAAAUAACGUUCCAAAAUCCGACGAUGAAACCCAACUUACGGAAGAUGAUACUACCCCUGAGCCUGACAUCAAUGGCGAUCAAGACGAAAGCCUGGCACCGGAUGACAAUGGCGAUGCUACUGAUGCUACCACUGAUAACGGCUUAUCAGAUGAAAACAAGGUAGAUGGUGGUGGUCAAAACCAAGAUCCGGCUAAAGACGACGAUGAUGACGCCACCGUGUUCACUAAGAAGUACUUCGCCCCCCAAGGCUCCUACUUCCCCGAUCAUUUUAUAGAUGAUGCGCGAAAAUAAAUACAAGUAUUUUGUUUUAUUUUA